AUGGAGCUGGAGGCGGCGGCCCGGCGCUUCCACCUCUGGUUCCGCGGGCUGCGCUCGCUGCGCCGGGACCUGGCGUCGGCCCGGUGGUCGGACGACGCGGCGGCCCAGCUCCCCGCGCUGGUGGGCCGCUUCGUGGCCCACCUGGAGUCCUACUGCGCCGCGCGCGCCGACCUGGACCCGGUGUGGACGCUGUCGGCGCCGUGGGCCACCCCCGCGGAGCGCGGCGCCGCGUACUGGCUCGCCGGGUGGCGCCCCACCACGCUGGUCCACCUGCUCUACACCGAGUCCGGGCGCCGCCUCGAGGCGCAGCUGCCGGACCUCCUCCUCGGCGUGCGGUCGGGGAACAUGGGCGACCUCACCCCGGCGCAGCUGGCGCAGGUCGACGACCUGCAGCGCCGCACGGUGGACGAGGAGGACGCGCUCGCGCGGGAGAUGGCGCUCGUGCAGGAGGGCCACGCCGUCGUGGCGGUGGCCGCGCCGGCGGACGGGUCCGGGCUCGACGUGGCCGGCCAUGUGCGCAGGCGCAGGGUCAGGGACGUGCUGGAAAGGGCGGACGCGCUGCGGCUGCGCACCGUGAAGCGGGCGGUGGAGAUACUGGAGCCGGCGCAGGCGGCCGAGCUGCUCGUCGCCGCCGCGGACCUGGAGAUCGGCUUCCGGGAGUUCGGGCUCAAGCACGGGUCGGGCCGGGACCAAUAA